CUAGUCGUUCCUAGAGAGGGAGAAAGAGAGUGAUGACAAGGGUCGGAAGUUCCCUAGUAUAAUGGGUGGUACCCGGAAGGAGAAGAAGUGGGGUUGCUCUGGCUCCAGAUGUUAUUGGUACGCCUCUCGCCGCCCGGGUAUGGAGGAGUCGGUCCGUCUAAGCGGGGAGGACUUUGGAGCAUUGGUUUUGAUUCUAUACCAGUAAAAAAUGUUCAGGAAAGGAAAAAAGCGGCACAGCAGCAGCAGCUCACAAAGCAGUGAAAUCAGUACUAAAAGCAAAUCAGUGGACUCUAGCCUUGGAGGUCUUUCAAGAUCUAGUACUGUUGCUAGUUUGGAUACAGACUCCACAAAGAGUUCAGGACAAAGUAACAGCAAUUCAGAUACUUGUGCUGAAUUUCGAGUGAAAUAUGUUGGUGCCAUUGAAAAACUGAAGCUUGAUGAAAGCAAGACUUUAGAGGGACCACUGGAUUUGAUUAACUAUAUAGAUGUGGCACAGCAAGAUGGAAAGCUGCCCUUUGUUCCUGGGGAAGAAGAAUUUAUCAUGGGUGUUUCCAAGUAUGGUAUUAAAGUCACAACAUUGGACCAGUAUUGGAACUUUCAGGAUGUUUUGCAUAGACAUGCACUCUACCUAAUUGUCCGGAUGGUCUGCUAUGAUGAUGGCUUAGGAGCAGGGAAGAGUUUACUGGCUUUGAAGACAACAGAUAUGAAUUCUGAAGAAUAUAAUCUUUGGAUUUACCAGUGCAAUAGUUUGGAACAAGCACAAGCUAUUUGUAAGGUGCUGUCCACAGCCUUUGACUCAGUUUUAACAUCUGACAAGUCCUGAAUACUGUAUCAUACAUCAUCCUGAAAAGGAAGUUCUUCUAGCUAUGACUUCAACAACUGGAGAAAAAAGUUCACAUCUGCUCCAAAAUAUUAACUUUUUAAAUUGUUUAGGUAUAAUGUUAAAAAAUAUACAGUUUUGUCAAUAACGUUUGUGUUUUUAAACAGUGGGACCAAAAAAUGUGGAAG